UUUGCCGGAAACUAUAUUUCCGCUGUCUUCACGUUAAAUGUUGUAAUAUUAUUGUGGAUUUUGCAUCCAGCUGUCAUUUCUGUCACAUAUCUGCCUGUCAGGAUGAUCCCGACCGAAGACGCGUCCGCUCGGAAGCGAGAGAUCGAGGAUAAACUCAAACAGGAGCAAGAAACUUUGUCUUUUAUUCGUGAAAGCCUGGAGAAGAGUGAUCAACUCUCUAAAGGAAUGGUGUCCAUCCUGUCCUCGUUCGAGAGCCGUCUGAUGCAGCUGGAGAACUCCAUCAUCCCGGUUCAUAAGCAGACGGAGAAUCUGCAGCGUCUGCAGGAGAACGUGGACAAAACUCUCUCCUGCUUGGAUCACGUCAUCAGUUAUUAUCACGUGGCCAAAGACACCGAUAAGAUCAUCCGGGAAGGAUACGUGACGCUGGAGCACCUGCCCGAAGCCGUCCUGCAGGACAUCAUCUGCAUCUCUGCCUGGCUGGUGGAGUACGGACGCAACCAAGACUUCAUGAACGUGUAUUUCCAGGUGCGGUCCAGUCAGCUGGAUCGGUCCAUUAAGGGACUGAAGGAGCAUUUCCGUAAGAACAGCGCCACCUCUGCCAUGCACUCGCCCGCCGUUCAGACCAAACGCAAGGAGACGCCCACCAAGAAGCCUCCCAAAAGACCAGUCUACAUCCCAGGCACGAUCCGUAAGGCUCAGAAUCUGCUCAAACAGUACUCUCAGCAUGGUCUGGAUGGGAAAAAGGGUUCUAACCUCACUCCUCUGGAAGGUUUCGAUCAUGACCUGCGUGGGGUUAAGCACCUGUCUGACGACAAGCAUGGGGCGGCUGCAGGGAAGGAUGACGUGUUGGACAUCGAGAUCGAUUCGUACAUCCACUGCAUCAGCGCGUUUGUGAAGCUGGCUCAGAGCGAAUACGUGCUACUGACCGAGAUCAUCCCAGAACAUCACCAGAAGAAGACCUUCGACUCACUCAUACAGGAAGCGCUGGAUAAUCUGAUGCUGGAGGGCGAUAACAUCGUCUCCGCGGCGCGUCGAGCCAUCAUGAGACACGAUUACUCCGCUGUGCUGACCAUCUUCCCCAUCCUGCGCCACCUCAAGCAGACCAAACCUGACUUUGACGCCACGCUACAGGGAACGGCUGCCAGCACCAAGAACAAGCUCCCAGCUCUCAUCACCUCUAUGGAGACCAUCGGAGCUAAAGCGCUGGAGGAGUUUGCUGACAGUAUUAAGAACUAUUUUAACUUCUCGCCCUCUGCCUCUUUCUCUUGUUCUCUUUCUCUCUCUGUUCUGCUUUGCUUCUGUCCUGUAGUACUCGGGGACACUUACAAUAUUCCUUUAGACCCCCGAGAGAGCAGCUCGUCUGCCAGCAGCUACAGUUCAGAGUUCAGCCGGAGACUCCUGAGCACAUACAUCUAUAAAGUGCUCGGUAACCUGCAGCUGAAUCUGUCAAAUAAAGCUAAAGUGUAUGAAGAUCCGGCCCUGCGCGCCGUCUUCCUUCACAACAACUACAACUACAUCCUCAAAUCCCUGGAGAAGUCUGAGUUGAUUCAGCUGGUCGCUGUGACCCAUAAGAAGGUGGAGGGUUCGUACAGAGAGCUCAUCGAGCAGGAGAUCCAGAAUUACCAGCGCAGCUGGCUGAAGGUCACAGAGCAUCUGACUGAGAGAAACAUCCCAGCAUUCCAGCCUGGAACCAAACUCAAAGACAAGGAACGACAGAUCAUCAAGGACAAGUUCAAGGGUUUUAAUGAGGGUCUGGAGGAGCUGUGCAAGAUCCAGCAGGGCUGGGCGGUUCCUGAUAAAGAGCAGCGGGACGCCAUCCGUCAGGCUGAGAAGAGAGUGGUUUCCGAGGCGUACAGAGCCUUCCUUCAGCGAUGCGCGAACAUCUCAUUCACCAAAAACCCAGAGAAGUACCACCGCUACUCACCGGAGCAGGUGGAGGAGAUGAUUGACAAGCUCUUUGACACCUCAGCCUAGGCCACGCCCACUCCGUCACCAUAGCAACGGAGUCUCUGGUUUCCUUGGCAACAAACAUGCUACUUUCUCCUGUAAGACAGUCUGCUUCAUAACACACUACACAACUGGAACGUCUUCGUUCGUUUUUGCUUGCUUUUUGUAUAAAUGUAUUU